CCGGGACCCCCACGCCGUGCAGCGGGGAGCACAGGGCAAUCUGAGCCUGCUGUUAUUUGAGGGAGAGACAGAGUUAAAGUUGGUGAAGGAGGGUUUCCUCGUGGCACGUGGCUGCCAUGUCAAAGGGUGCGCAGCCCGCGGAGGGAACGCAGGGAGAGCACUGCAGGAAUUCACCAUGAGCGAAAAGAGAAGCGGCUCCGGGGGACGUUAGUGUUUGUCUUUGGGGAGCCAAGCUGAUCCCACCCCGCGACGCCUCACCAUGUUCAACGGGGACGCCGGCCCAUCGGCGGGCAGGAAUGUGGUGCGCAGCUCCAGCAUCAGCGGGGAGAUGUACGGCGUGGAGAAGAGCGCGCGGGGCAGCGCCGACUCCGUCAGCAUCACGGCCAGCAAGAAGCGGCGCUCCAGCCUGGGAGCCAAGAUGGUGGCCAUCGUGGGGCUGUCGCAGUGGAGCAGGAGCACGCUGCAGCUCAACCAGAGCGAGGGCGGCCCCAAAAAGCUGCGCAGCAACAUCCGCCGGAGCACUGAGACCGGCAUCGCGGUGGAGCUGAGGACCAGGGUGACCCGGCAGGGCAGCCGUGAGUCCACCGACGGCAGCACCAACAGCAACAGCUCCGACGGCACGUUCAUCUUCCCCACCGCACGGCUGGGAGCCGAAAGUCAGUUCAGUGACUUCCUGGACGGGUUGGGCCCAGGGCAGCUGGUGGGACGGCAGACUUUGGCCACCCCCCCGAUGGGUGAUGUCCACAUGGGCAUGGCGGACCGCAGCGGGCAGCUGGAGGUGGAGGUGAUCCAGGCACGGGGCCUCAUCCCAAAGAUGGGCUCCAAAUGCAUCCCAGCCACCUACGUGAAGGUUUACCUGCUGGAAAACGGCGUCUGCCUGGCCAAGAAAAAGACCAAAGCGGUGAAGAAGACCUGCGACCCCUCGUACCAGCAGGCGCUGCUCUUCGAGGAGAGCCCCCAGGGCAAAGUCCUGCAGGUGAUCGUGUGGGGCGACUACGGGCGCAUGGACAGCAAGUGCUUCAUGGGCAUGGCUCAGAUCGUCCUGGAGGAGCUCGACCUCUCCAGCACCGUGGCGGGCUGGUACAAACUCUUCCCCACCUCCUCUCUGGCCGACUCCAGCAUCGGGCCGCUGGCACGCCGCCUCUCCCAGUCCUCUCUGGAGAGCUCCACCAGUCCCUCCUGCCCAUAGCCGGGCAGGGAGAGCCAUCCCGACCCCCAGGACUGUCUGUGGAUGGCUGUGCCUAAAUGAAAUUUGCUGACAAUACUCAGGGGAGACACCACUAGCGACUCUGCUUUCUUCGCGGAAUACACUGAGCACGAGGACUGUCCCGAAGGAUCGGUGUCCAACAGGGAGGAAAAAAAGAGAAAAAGAUUAAAAAAAAAAAAGAGAGAGAAACCAAACCACGACACCAAGAGAGGAGGAACGGGGGAUCCCCGCCGCCCCCACGGCUCUGCCUUCCGGGUCGUGGCACGCAGGCAGAGCGGAGGGCGCAGAACAGACCCUCAGUUUGAUGUGAUUCGCUUUACCAACUCGACUCCAGUGGGAAAAAGGAGGAGGAGGAGCUCUGUCAGCACUGCUCAGCACUGCGCUCUGCCAUGGGCGCACAGCACCGUGCAGCCCCUGCGUUCUGCUCCACCUGAGAGCCCAGCACCAGGAACCCGGCAGCCCCGGCUCACUUCUUAUUGCUCCUAACGGCAUCGCGGUGCAGGCAGGAGGAGAGCAAACGGCUCCCAGCAGCACCGCCUGCCUUGCUGCAAACGCUGCGGGCGUGGGAGCGAUUCCUGCAGCCGAGGCUGUGCUCACAUCCCCGCGUCCACCCCGUUCAUCUCCAACCGUGGGAGCCCUGUGCCAGCCCUGCACCCGGCCCCACGCAGCACCCAGCACCCAGCACUGCCUGCAGUGCAGCACAGCGACGGCCCUGCACUCUGAGCUGCAGCUGCGUGCUGGGGAAUGCUCAUUGCACAGGGCAUUCCUUGCACGCUGCAAGGAGCAGAGGAUGGCUGAUCGGACCCUGGGAGGUCACUGCAUCUCCCCUCCUCCAGGAAAGCAGAUCCAGGCCCGUCUCCUUCCCAAAUAUGUUCCUCUAGAAAAGAAAUGAGCAUCAGACAGAAGGGGCUCGGUGCUCUGGACCCUGCCUGGCGCUCCCAGCAUCCACGUGUGACGCAGAGGAUCUCACUGCAGCACAGCUCACAGAGGGGCAGGAGCCAGGGCUCCUCGCUGAGCAGUGAGGAUGGAUGUUACCCCAACCAGCCUUGGAGUCCUGGGGCAGCACGAGCAGUGAGCAGCUCAGCACAUCAGCUCCUGUGCAGAAGCAGUGCUGGCCCUGCGCUCCUGGAGCACCUUCCCUUCCUUACCAGUUGACUCAGAUGCUUCUCCCUGCACUGAGGGGAACAGAGGGUUCCCUAAGGGGGUGCAUCUGCUGGAAAACAGCUUGAAGGCCAAGGAGCAGUGGCCAGGCAGCAGUGGCCAGGUGCCGUUCUUCAUGGCUACACCCAAAGUCUCACUGUGCUUCGCAUCAGAGAUGGGUACAGCUCCGAGCAGCUCGCCCUGCUGGCCUCCAGGCUGCCGUGCCUCAAGACAGAGCUCUAAGAGCCAGGUUUGCAUCCCACGCUGCAGCGACGGCCUUUGACGCAGCUGUUUCAGUGGGAAGUCGUCCUCCUCUACCACAUGGAUGCACACAGGCGGUGGAAAGGCCCUGCUUACACCUCGGGUCUGGAUAGGAAGGUUGGAAUCCCGCAGAUGUGAUGGCCUGCAGGAGAGCAGCAGCAGGCGGGCAGCGCAGCAGGGCAUGGAGCAGUGGGUCAGAGGGGCGGCAGCGCUGCUCCCCAGCCCUGGCUCCCCUGUGCUGAUCCUCACGCUGUGAAGAUUUCGGUUUCGAAUGCAGACUUGAGAAAAACAUACAGCAAAGGGCACGAGGUUGUCCUGCUGUCCGAGGAACCGCCGCACUGUUACAGCCAACCCUGAGCCAGGACUGAGCACAGCAGCACCCGGAGCCACCGGGGCAGCAGCUGCCCAGGAGUGGGGUCAGGACGCAGCUCUGCUGAUUGGGAUACCUCAUUCUUUUGUUUUGGUUUGUUUUUUUUUUCCCUCCCUUCUCUCCCUUUCCUGUUUUCCCCUCUCUUUUAAGACCCAGACCUUUGUGCACUUUGCCACAUUCAGGUUCUUUUUUUGUUGUAAUUGUGCAAUGAAGAGCAAUUCUUGGGGGCGGGUGCUGGUGCGUGUGUGUGCUUCCCCUGCUCUGUGCCACUCUGAUGGCCAAGGAGCAAAACGAAGGGAUGGCACACGGGGCUGCAGAGUCUGUUCUGCUCCUGCACCCCAAAGCUGCCCCAUAACCCAACCUGGGGGCGAUGCAGCCCUCAGAAGGGCAGGCAAGGAAGCUGUAGGAAGCUGGGGACGAUGCACAGUGCACUGUCCCCACUCGCUGAGGCUUCACCUGCACAGGGAUGGCUGCGGAGCACAGAACCCCACGGUUCCCUCCUGCCUUCUGGGCCCCUUGAAUGUAUGUUCGCACUUUGAAGUUGGUGGCCUUGUUUUCUGAAAAGGGCUCAAUCUUUCCAUGCAGUCAAAUCGAACUCACCUUCCCCAUCGCACCGUUCUUCACCCCACCUCCAAACCCAAUCGACGAGCAGCUCGGCUGGACAAAGCACUGCCAGGGCUGCGGGAUCUGUCAUUAAUCUCAGCAGUUUGUACCUUUGGAACGACACCAGACCCGUCUGGCUGGGAAACAGCCAUAAGGGGAGCAGCAGCUCAGACUGAGGUUUGUCCUGAAACACAGCAACAGGAGAACAGCAGCACUUUGAGCACAGACAAAGCAGCGCCUGAAGCGCUCACCUGCCACAAAGCUCUGAAUUCAGACUCCCAAACCUCAAGAUAGGAAGAAUUUUACCUUCAACCUCUUCACACGCAAUCAAUGCCUUUUGAACUUCAUUGCCAACCCCCGGAGGAGCAGAGCAAUGGCAGCGUGUGCUGCAGACACCCGGCCAGGAGGAGCCCCCAGCCUCUGCUCCCAGCAGCACAGCGCAGCUCCAGCACUGGAACACGGCCUGCAAACCGUGCUGCAUCCCCAGCAAACUGCAUGGAGGAAGAAUUUGGAAGCCGUCAGAAUUCGUGAGCCACAAAUUGCUGCUGGCUUUGCUUUCUGUCCCCAUUUCCCCCAGGAGCGAAGCUCACGUCUGCUGUGUGCAUCCCACGCCUGAUGGAGCUCCUCUGCCAGCACAGCACGGAGCAAAACCUGCCUGCCUUCACCCAUGCGCUCACAGACUUUGCUUUGAUGACAGAUCCCCAAGUUCAACAACGCCACCUGCAAACAGCGGCACAGAGGGGGGGCAGGGGGCUGCGCUGCGCCCCGGCUCCGCAUUCAAGACAAGGGGAGGAUGGGCUUCGAUGGAUCCUUGAGGUGAUAAGAUUUAAGAGGGAAAAAACAAAAAAAAAAACACACAAAAAAAAGCAAAUGGCAAUUUUUUUACUUGUGUUCUGUAAUGUUUUAUAUGUGCGUGGUCUUUCUUAAUGUAAAACUCUUGUAUUUUUGUGGUUUAUAUGCAGCAGGACUGAUGGCUGUGAGGGUGCACGCUAUUUUGUAAGAUACUCCUAAGCCAGUUUUCCCCAGGAGGAACAAACUGACUCAGUACUCACAUUUUCAUUGGCUUGUACCUGCAUGUACAGUACGGGGCAGCAAGUGAAGAUGAUUAAAGCCAGCUUGAAAACCCCUCUGUGCCUGAGUCGAGCGUCACAAAGCGCCCAGCCACCAAGCAGGGGCGCAGCCUAACAGCGUCCCCCUAUAGGGCAGAUUGAUGGGGAGGAGGAAGAAAUGCUCUCUUCUGAGGGACGCCCUGAAAAAGAACAGUUUUUUAGUGAAGGACAGAAAGAAGCAGAGCAGCGCAUUAAGCAUCACAGCAGCAUCAGCUCCAGGCCAGGCAGUUCGCUGCAGCC